GCUGGCCUCUCGCGGUGUUUGCGGGACGUGCAGCCGCUGUGCGCCACUUCUCGUCGGCUACGGGAUCCAUAUGCUCGCGGAAGCAAUGGGAACUUCACCAAACGUGCUGCCGAGAGUCUAGAACAAACCCGCAACUACACGCGUUUUAAGGGAACCACCGCGAAUAGCGCGCCUCCCCGGUAGCGGGAAGCCUGACAACUCCGGCGAAAAGCAGCGAUGGACCCGCGAGACUCGGCCCCGGAUUCGUGGGAGCAGGAGGAGGACGCCGAGGCCCCGGCCGCCGCCGCCGCCGCGGAGCUCCCGGCCUCCUUCGCCGCCCUCAACGUCAACGCCAAGCCGUUUGUCCCCAACGUCAACGCCGCGGUGUUCGUGCCGACCGCGUUCCAGGCCGGCGCCGCGGACACGCCGGCUGCGGACGGUGCCCCUGAUCCAGUCGCCAGCAUGGAGGUGGCAGAAACAGCCGCUCCAGUGGAGAACGGAGGCACAGAGGCCGACAUGACCACAGAGGAAGAGACGUGGGAGCAGAAGGAGGAGCCGGGAGGAGGAGAACAUGGAGGAGGAGGACAGGAAGACCUGGCUUCAGGAGGAGCCUGUCAAGACGGCACCACGGGGAGCGAGGAUGAGGAGAUGAUGAUGAUGGAGGAGGAAGAGGAGGAGGUACCCGUGCACAAAGUGGCGCCGCCUCCGCCCGACGCCCCAAAGAAAGAACACGUGAACGUGGUCUUCAUUGGUCACGUGGAUGCCGGUAAAUCCACCAUCGGAGGACAGAUCAUGUACCUGACUGGAAUGGUGGAAAAGCGAACCCUGGAAAAAUAUGAAAGGGAAGCGAAAGAAAAGAACAGGGAGACAUGGUACUUGUCGUGGGCGUUGGACACAAACCAGGAGGAGAGAGACAAAGGGAAGACGGUUGAGGUCGGGAGAGCUUACUUUGAGACCGAGAAAAAGCAUUUCACCAUCUUGGACGCCCCCGGACACAAGAGCUUUGUCCCAAACAUGAUCGGUGGAGCGUCACAAGCCGACCUGGCCGUCCUGGUGAUUUCUGCAAGGAAGGGUGAGUUUGAGACCGGCUUUGAGAAGGGGGGGCAGACGCGGGAACAUGCCAUGCUGGCUAAAACGGCAGGAGUCAAGCAUCUCAUUGUCCUGGUCAACAAGAUGGACGACCCCACUGUCCACUGGAGCCUGGAGAGGUACGAGGAGUGUAAGGAGAAGCUGGUUCCCUUUCUGAAGAAGGUGGGCUUCAACCCGAAGAAGGACAUCCACUUUAUGCCUUGCUCCGGACUCACAGGUUCCAACCUCAAGGACCCCGUACCCGAGUGCCCUUGGUACACGGGUUUGCCAUUUAUUUCCCAUCUGGACAGUUUGCCAAACUUCACCCGAUCCAACGACGGACCAGUCAGACUACCGAUUGUAGACAAGUACAAGGACAUGGGCACAGUUAUUCUGGGCAAGCUGGAGUCUGGAUGCAUCAGUAAAGCCCAGCAGCUGGUCAUGAUGCCCAACAGGCACACGGUGGAGGUUCUGAGCCUGCUGAGCGACGACGUGGAGACUGACGACGCGUGUCCCGGGGAGAACCUCAAGCUGAGGCUGAAGGGCAUCGAGGAGGAAGAAAUCCUCCCGGGCUUCAUCCUGUGCAGCCCCGACAACCUGUGCCACUCCGGGCGCACCUUCGACGCGCAGAUCGUUAUAAUCGAGCACAAAUCAAUCAUUUGCCCUGGUUACAAUGCAGUCCUUCAUAUCCACACCUGCAUUGAAGAAGUGCAAAUCUCAGCCUUAAUCUGUCUGGUGGACAAGAAGUCGGGGGAGAAAAGCAAAACACGACCGCGCUUUGUGAAGCAGGACCAGGUGUGUAUCGCCAGGCUGCGGGCAGCAGGAGUCAUCUGCUUGGAGACCUUCAAAGACUUCCCUCAGAUGGGACGAUUCACGCUGCGAGACGAAGGAAAAACCAUCGCCAUCGGCAAAGUGCUGAAGCUGGUGCCAGAAAAGGACUAAAUGCAUCCGUGGCAGCAUGCAUGUUGUUCUUCCACGUGUCGCCAGAGGAGACGCUGCUAGAGCCGAACCCAACAGCCCCUCUUCUCUUUACACCCCGACCACGCUGAGGAGAAGAGCGACGACAAGCGAGGAGUAAUGAAAGAGAUUAAAAUUGCGUCAAAUGAAGAAAACAAGACUGAAUCAGUUUUUAUGAUGAACAAUAUAAAACUAGAGACCAAGUCCAGUGUGUCAGCUUUCUCAUAUUGAGAGCUCAGCUAUGCCACUAAUGUAGCUACACGCCCCCCCGCCCCCCUUUCUGUGCUCCCAAGGCGAGCCGCACAGUCGGCCGGCCGCGCCAUUUGUUUUCAGAAUGGGGAUGGAUGCAGUGAAGCAGAGUCUGUGGAAGAAAAAAAAAUAAAUCUACCGAACGAUUUCGUACACUGCAAAAGAAUAGAUAGCCUCUAAUUACAAUUUGUAGAUGAUUUCUCCUGUUUUAGGAGUGGGAUUAAUAUUCCAACUGGGAUUUUAUUUGGUUAUAAAUGUUGCCAGAAUUUUUAAUUUGGCUCCUCUCCGCAUGGGACGGUUUAAUUGGAUUGAGCUCACAUACUGCUCCCGGGUCGACGACGAACACACUCGCACAAACCGUUACAUAUAGCUGUUACAUAAUCUAAACUGAAAAUAAAUGAUCAAGCUGCAA